GGGGGGGGGGGUUUGUGAGAGAGAGAGAAAGAGAUAUUGUGGUUUUCAGUGAGCUGCGGUGGUUUUCGGUUCGAUGGUGUGGAGGUGGGUGGGGGCUGGAAAGCAGAGAGAGAGAGAGAGGCACGGAGAGUACCUCUCCGGUGUCGUCGUGGGCGUCACUGGGGUGUGGCAUCGGGGAGUGAAUGGGUGGAAAGAGAGUGAAGAGGGAGGAGAUCAGUGACAGAAGAGAGAUAAAGGGGAAAGAAUAAGCAGAGAGAAGGUGGGGGCAUAGAUGAGAUUGAGAGAGUUGAGACUACAAGGGGUGAGGAAAGAGAGAGAAGACACGUGACAGAAGGAACACGCCAGGGAGGGGGUGUGGAUGUGACAUUUUUUAGGGGGGGAAUUUUUUGAGAGUGAUUUUACACCUUUGGAUCAAUUUUCUUGAUCCACUCUUGUGCUUAGCCCACUUUGCCAUUUGCCAGUCUUAUUAUUAUAGAUUACAAUUUGACUACCUUUUCAUAAUUAUGCCAGUAGAGUUCAACUUUUUCUCCUAUUGUUAUAUAUGUAUAUUUGUGUGUAACUGUGUAUGUAUGUAAGCAUAUUCUUAUUUUGGCUAGCUUGUGUUGUGCAUAUUGAAUUUCAGCUCACAUUUUUAUCACUCAAGUGCAUUUCUUUUCUCUGGCUGUGCUUGCCAGUGUGCUUAGAUUCUUCAAGGCCUAGGUGCCUUACUUCACCUUAGUUUUUCAUUAGCAUUUAUUGUGAAGGGCAUGUUUUCUUAUAAACUAGUCACUAGUUCUAUUGUUUUAGUCAUACCUCUGCCAUGAAUGGAUUAUAUAUAACUGUUCUUAUCGAAAAAUGGAUUAUAUAUAACUGCUACAUAUAGAAUCUGGAAGGUUUGUUCACCUUAGGUUUUCGCUUCAUGCAUCUUAAAUAUGAAGGGCAGUGUCUGGUCGGCUCUUCCACCAAUCAAUGUUUCAUCCUUAGAAAGGUCCAAGCCCAUCAUAUUAACAGUGGCAUCAAUGGAUUCUGCUUCCUUUUUCCGUGACAAAAGCCUUGGUGCAGAUUCCCCUAUAUCUGGGAUGAUCUCAUUGCUGGCUGCAGUGGAUGCACUUUCAUACUUGGAUGGUUUGCAUGACCUCAGUAAACAGCUUGUUUUUGUGGUUUUUACCGGAGAAGCCUGGGGCUAUCUUGGUAGCCGGAGAUUUCUUCUUGAACUUGAUCAGAACUCUGAUGCUGUUUAUGGCCUUAACAACUCGUUGAUUGAAAAGGUAUAUUUCUCUUCUAAGAAUGUCCAAUCUAAUAUUGAGAUUGGCUUCAAAACGAGGCCAAGCUGGCUAACAAGAAAAGAGCAAAUUAAAAGGCAUGGAGUAAGGAGGGAGAAUGACAUCAAGCUUGAGCAAGAGGCUCUCGGCUUUUUCUGUUCAGUAUUGGAAGAAGCUUGUGGAAGGAAGGCUGGCAAGGACUGGACUGGAGUGGUGUCAGAAGAAUGGAAGCGUGAUUCUCUCUGCAUCUAUCAGAGACAAUAUGUGGAUUGGCAGCCGUUUCAUGGUCUUGGAGGAGACAUCAAAUGA